CGAAGUUCAUUGCCUUCGGCCACUUACCCACAGACCCUGGUCUCUUUUGGCCCCAAAUAUCAAGAAACAAACUCGGAACAUUUUAUUGUGUGCUUGUGUCGAUGAGGGACUGUGUCGAACCGCGCAGGCACAUCUACACAUUCGUGUAAAUAAGGGAACAUUUCAGCUUUCGUCAGACAUGCACAACUUGCAUGGAAAGGUGGCUCUUGUCGUUGGCCUUGGCCAGACUGGGGCUGGGGGAUGGGGUAUAGGCGCCGCUACUGCUGUUCUGCUCGCUCGGCAGGGAGCCAUUAUCUUCGGCGGCAACAGGACGCGCAUUUCAACUACAAAAACUAAGGAAGCCAUCGAGGAGGAAGGUGGGCAAUGCGAUGUAGUGGAAACCGAUGCUACUUCCUCCUCGUCAGUGCAGAGUCUUAUUGAUGCUUGUAUGGCCAAGCAUGGACGAAUAGACAUCCUUGUUGCCAACGUUGGCCAGUCUCAGCCAGGAUGUCCAGCCACCAUGACGGAAGAGAUCUGGGACUCUCAGAUGGAUAUAAACCUCAAAAGUGUAUAUCUAGCAUGCCAUUAUGUGCUUCCUGUCAUGGAGAAACAAUCGAAUGGCGGUGCGAUCGUCUGUAUCUCAAGCAUCGCGGGCAUGCGCUACAUCGGAAAGCCACAGAUUGCGUAUAAUACAACGAAGGCCGCUAUCAUGCAGUUCGUCAAAGCGACAGCGGUCAUAUAUGCGAAAAGAGGCGUGAGACUAAAUACAGUAGUCCCCGGAUUGAUGGAAACACCAUAUACCAGAAGUCUUGCCGAGCGAUUCCCCACAGAAGGAGGAUAUGAAGGUUUCAAGAAGAUGAGAGAAGAUCAGGUUCCGAUGGGUCGCAUGGGGGAUGCGUGGGAUGUUGCCAAUGCUGUUUUGUUCCUGGUCUCAGAUGAAGCGCGGUACAUCACAGGGCAGAAGAUAGUUGUAGACGGUGGGAUUACAAGCUCGACGGGACGAACAUAGAUUUUCUUGAAGAUACGCUGUUUCUCAUAGAACGGGUCGUAGGAUGAAAAUGAUAUCUUCGUCCGAU